CGUUAAUCUCAGCUUUGAGGUCUAUGCAUAAGCCUCUUCCAUUGGGGAAGCGCCAGGAUUUUAUCCGGUCUGUCCAUCUUGCACUGCGCCCAUUGAAUGGUUUCACUUCUAUCUGAAGCCUACCAGGAGAAGGAAUGGCCGGGAACAUGGUGCGCGUCAUCGGCGUGGCAUACACGUUGAUCGCUGUGCUGGCUUCCCCGUAUAAAGCCUCUGCUAGCACUGAUGGCACAAGUACCAUUCAGCCAAGUACUGCAGCUGGGAAUGACGUAUCGUCAAAUGGUGCGGUGUCCAGUCCACUAUACAACUCCAGUCCGCAACCGUCGUCUAACUCCACCAAUGUCAUGAUGUCCAGCGAUCCUUAUAAUUCCAGUCCACCUCCAUCGGGUCCUACUGACAACACGGUGCUCAUGUCUGACUCCACCAAUGUCAUGAUGUCCAGCGAUCCUUAUAAUUCCAGUCCACCACCAUCGGGUCCUACUGACAACACGGUGCUCAUGUCUGACUCCACCAAUGUCAUGAUGUCCAGCGAUCCUUAUAAUUCCAGUCCACCUCCAUCGGGUCCCACUGACAACACGGUGCUCAUGUCUGACUCCACCCAUGUCAUGAUGUCCAGCGAUCCUUAUAAUUCCAGUCCACCUCAAUCGGGUCCUACUGACAACACGGUGCUCAUGUCUGACUCCACCAAUGUCAUGAUGUCCAGCGAUCCUUAUAAUUCCAGUCCACCACCAUCGGGUCCCACGGACAACACUGUGCUCAUUUCUGACUCCACCAAUGUCAUGAUGUCCAGCGAUCCUUAUAAUUCCAGUCCACCACCAUCGGGUCCCACUGACAACACAGCGCUCAUGUCUGACUCCACCAAUGUCAUGAUGUCCAGCGAUCCUUAUAAUUCCAGUCCACCUCCAUCGGGUCCCACUGACAACACAUCGCUCAUGUCUGACUCCACCAAUGUCAUGAUGUCCAGCGAUCCUUAUAAUUCCAGUCCACCUCCAUCGGGUCCCACUGACAACACGGUGCUCAUGUCUGACUCCACCAAUGUCAUGAUGUCCAGCGAUCCUUAUAAUUCCAGUCCACCUCCAUCGGGUCCCACUGACAACACGGUGCUCAUGUCUGACUCCACCAAUGUCAUGAUGUCCAGCGAUCCUUAUAAUUCCAGUCCACCUCCAUCGGGUCCCACUGACAACACGGUGCUCAUGUCUGACUCCACCAAUGUCAUGAUGUCCAGCGAUCCUUAUAAUUCCAGUCCACCUCCAUCGGGUCCCACUGACAACACGGUGCUCAUGUCUGACUCCACCAAUGUCAUGAUGUCCAGCGAUCCUUAUAAUUCCAGUCCACCUCCAUCGGGUCCCACUGACAACACGGUGCUCAUGUCUGACUCCACCAAUGUCAUGAUGUCCAGCGAUCCUUAUAAUUCCAGUCAACCUCCAUCGGGUCCCACUGACAACACGGUGCUCAUGUCUGACUCCACCAAUGUCAUGAUGUCCAGCGAUCCUUAUAAUUCCAGUCCACCUCCAUCGGGUCCCACUGACAACACGGUGCUCAUGUCUGACUCCACCAAUGUCAUGAUGUCCAGCGAUCCUUAUAAUUCCAGUCCACCUCCAUCGGGUCCCACUGACAACACGGUGCUCAUGUCUGACUCCACCAAUGUCAUGAUGUCCAGCGAUCCUUAUAAUUCCAGUCAACCUCCAUCGGGUCCCACUGACAACACGGUGCUCAAGUCUGACUCCACCAAUGUCAUGAUGUCCAGCGAUCCUUAUAAUUCCAGUCCACCUCCAUCGGGUCCUACUGACAACACAGUGCUCAUGUCUGACUCCACCAAUGUCAUGAUGUCCAGCGAUCCUUAUAAUUCCAGUCCACCUCCAUCGGGUCCCACUGACAACACGGUGCUCAUGUCUGACUCCACCAAUGUCAUGAUGUCCAGCGAUCCUUAUAAUUCCAGUCCACCUCCAUCGGGUCCCACUGACAACACGGUGCUCAUGUCUGACUCCACCAAUGUCAUGAUGUCCAGCGAUCCUUAUAAUUCCAGUCCACCUCCAUCCGGUCCAACGGACAACACCGUGCUCAUGUCUGACUCCACCAAUGUCAUGAUGUCCAGCGAUCCUUAUAAUUCCAGUCCACCACCAUCAGGUCCUACUGACAACACGGUGCUCAUGUCUGACUCCACCAAUGUCAUGAUGUCCAGCGAUCCUUAUAAUUCCAGUCCACCACCAUCAGGUCCUACUGACAACACGGUACUCAUGUCUGACUCCACCAAUGUCAUGAUGUCCAGCGAUCCUUAUAAUUCCAGUCCAUCACCAUCAGGUCCUACUGACAACACGGUGUUCAUGUCAGACUCCACCAAUGUCAUGAUGUCCAGCGAUCCUUAUUAUUCCAGUCAACCUCUAUCAUCUGGUACCAAUGUGAUGAUUCAAAACAUUGCCGAUUCCAAUACUGCCAGUCUAAUUCCUUCAACGGGAUCAUCAGCUUUGCCGACUGCUUCCAGUGCCCCAAUGUCGAGCCAGUCUUCCAGUGUUACCUCAUCUACAUCAACAGGAUCAGCAGCUGCCUCGACUGCUUCCAGUGACUCAAUGUCGAGCCAGUCUUCAAGUGCUACCCCAUCUGCAUCAGCGGGAUUAUCAGCUGGGCUGACUGCUUCCAGUGCCCCAAUGUCGAGCCAGUCUUCCAGUGCUACCCCAUCUGCAUCGGCGGGUUCAUCAGCCGGGUCGACUGCGUCCAGUGCCCCAAUGUCGAGCCAGUCUUCCAGUGCUACCCCUUCUGCAUCAGCGGGAUCAUCAGCUGGGCCGACUGCUUCCAGUGCCCCAAUGUCGAGUCAGUCUUCCAGUGCUACCCCAUCUGCAUCAGCAGGAUCAUCAGCCGGGCCGACUGCUUCCAGUGCCCCAAUGUCGAGCCAGUCUUCCAGUGCUACACCAUCUGCAUCAGCGGGAUCAUCACCUGGGCCGACUGCUUCCAGUGCCCCAAUGUCGAGCCAGUCUUCCAGUGCUACACCAUUUGCAUCGGUGGGAUCAUCAGCCGGGCCGACUGCUUCCAGUGCCCCAAUGUCGAGCCAGUCUUCCAGUGCUACUCCAUCUGCAUCUGCGGGAUCAUCAGCUGGGCCGACUGCUUCCAGUGCCCCAAUGUCGAGCCAGUCUUCCAGUGCUACCCCAUCUGCAUCGGCGGGAUCAUCAGCUGGGCCAACUGCUUCCAGUGCCCCAAUGUCGAGCCAGUCUUCCAGUGCUACCCCAUCUGCAUCGGCGGGAUCAUCAGCUGGGCCGACUGCUUCCAGUGCCCCAAUGUCGAGCCAGUCUUCCAGUGCUACCCCAUCUGCAUCGGUGGGAUCAUCAGCUGGGCCGACUGCUUCCAGUGUCCCAAUGUCGAGCGAGUCUUCCAGUGCUACACCGUCUGCAUCGGUGGGAUCAUCAGCUGUGCCGACAGCUUCCAGUGCGCCAAUGUCGAGUCAGUCUUCCAGUGCUACACCAUCUGCAUCGGCGGGAUCAUCAGCUGCUUCGUCUGCUUCUAGUGCCCCAAUAUCGAGCCAGUCUUCCAGCGCAACACCAUCUGCAUCGGCGGGAUCAUCAGCUGCUUCGUCUGCUUCUAGUGCCCCAAUGUCGAGCCAGUCUUCCAGCGCAACCCCAUCUGCAUCAGAGGGAUCAUCAGCUGGGCCGACUGCUUCCAGUGCCCCAAUGUCGAGUCAGUCUUCCAGUGCUACACCAUCUGCAUCAGCAGGAUCAUCAGCCGGGCCGACUGCUUCCAGUGCCCCAAUGUCGAGCCAGUCUUCCAGUGCUACACCAUCUGCAUCAGCGGGAUCAUCAGCUGGGCCGACUGCUUCCAGUGCCCCAAUGUCGAGCCAGUCUUCCAGUGCUACCCCAUCUGCAUCGGUGGGAUCAUCAGCUGGGCCGACUGCUUCCAGUGCCCCAAUGUCGAGUCAGUCUUCCAGUGCUACACCAUCUGCAUCGGCGGGAUCAUCAGCCGGGCCGACUGCUUCCAGUGCCCCAAUGUCGAGUCAGUCUUCCAGCGCUACCCCAUCUGCAUCGGCGGGAUCAUCAGCCGGGCCGACUGCUUCCAGUGCCCCAAUGUCGAGCCAGUCUUCCAGCGCUACCCCUUCUGCAUCGGCGGGAUCAUCAGCCGGGCCGACUGCUUCCAGUGCCCCAAUGUCGAGCCAGUAUUCCAGCGCUACCCCUUCUGCAUCGGCGGGAUCAUCAGCCGGGCCGACCUCUUCCAGUGCCCCAAUGUCGAGCCAGUCUUCCAGCUCUACCCCAUCUGCAUCGGCGGGAUCAUCAGCCGGGCCGACUGCUUCCAGUGCCCCAAUGUCGAGCCAGUCUUCCAGUGCUACCCCAACUGCAUUGGGGGGAUCAUCAGCUGGGCCGACUGCUUCCAGUGCCCCAAUGUCGAGCCAAUCCUCAAGUGCUACACCGUCUGCAUCGGCGGGAUCAUCAGCCGGGCCAACUGCUUCCAGUGCGCCAAUGUGGAGCCAGUCUUCCAGUGCUACCCCAUCUGCAUCGGCGGGAUCAUCAGCUGGGCCGACUUCUUCCAGUGCCCCAAUGUCGAGCCAGUCUUCCAGUGCUACCCCUUCUGCAUCGAUGGGAUCAUCAGCUGGGCCGACUGCUUCCAGUGCCCCAAUGUCGAGCCAGUCUUCCAGUGCUACACCGUCUGCAUCGGCGGGAUCAUCAGCCGGGCCAACUGCUUCCAGUGCCCCAAUGUCGAGCAAGUCUUCCAGUGCUACCCCAUUUGCAUCGGCGGGAUCAUCAGCCGGGCCAACUGCUUCCAGUGCCCCAAUGUCGAGCCAGUCUUCCAGUGCUACCCCAUCUGCAUCGGCGGGAUCAUCAGCUGGGCCGACUGCUUCCAGUGCCCCAAUGUCGAGCCCGUCCUCUAGUGCUACACCAUCUGCAUCGGCGGGAUCAUCAGCCGGGCCAACUGCUUCCAGUGCCCCAAUGUCGAGCCCGUCCUCUAGCGCUACACCAUCUGCAUCGGCGGGAUCAUCAGCCGGGCCGACUGCUUCCAGUGCCCCAAUGUCGAGCCAGUCUUCAAGUGCUACCCCAUCUGCAUCGGCGGGAUCAACAGCCGGGCCGACUGCUUCCAGUGCCCCAAUGUCGAGCCAGUCUUCAAGUGCUACCCCAUCUGCAUCGGCGGGAUCAACAGCCGGGCCGACUGCUUCCAGUGCCCCAAUGUCGAGCCAGUCCUCCAGCGCUACACCAUCUGCAUCGGCGGGAUCAUCAGCCGGGCCGACUGCUUCCAGUGCCCCAAUGUCGAGUCAGUCUUCCAGCGCUACCCCAUCUGCAUCGGCGGGAUCAUCAGCCGGGCCGACUGCUUCCAGUGCCCCAAUGUCGAGCCAGUCUUCCAGCGCUACCCCUUCUGCAUCGGCGGGAUCAUCAGCCGGGCCGACUGCUUCCAGUGCCCCAAUGUCGAGCCAGUAUUCCAGCGCUACCCCUUCUGCAUCGGCGGGAUCAUCAGCCGGGCCGACCUCUUCCAGUGCCCCAAUGUCGAGCCAGUCUUCCAGCUCUACCCCAUCUGCAUCCCGGGCCGACUGCUUCCAGUGCCCCAAUGUCGAGCCAGUCUUCCAGCGCUACCCCAUCUGCAUGGGCGGGAUCAUCAGCCGGGCCGACUGCUUCCAGUGCCCCAAUGUCGAGCCAGUCUGCCAGCGCUACCCCAUCUGCAUCGGCGGGAUCAUCAGCCGGGCCGACUGCUUCCAGUGCCCCAAUGUCGAGCCAGUCUGCCAGCGCUACCCCAUCUGCAUCAGCGGGAUCAUCAGCCGGGCCGACUGCUUCCAGUGCCCCAAUGUCGAGCCAGUCUGCCAGCGCUACCCCAUCUGCAUCGGCGGGAUCAUCAGCCGGGCCGACUGCUUCCAGUGCCCCAAUGUCGAGCCAGUCUGCCAGCGCUACCCCAUCUGCAUCGGCGGGAUCAUCAGCCGGGCCGACUGCUUCCAGUGCCCCAAUGUCGAGCCAGUCUUCCAGCGCUAUCCCAUCUGCAUCGGUGGGAUCAUCAGCUGGGCCGACUGCUUCCAUGGGAUCAUCAGCUGGGCCGACUGCUUCCAGUGCCCCAAUGUCGAGCCAGUCUGCCAGCGCUACCCCAUCUGCAUCGGUGGGAUCAUCAGCUGGGCCGACUGCUUCCAGUGCCCCAAUGUCGAGCCAGUCUUUCAGUGCUACCCCAUCUGCAUCGGUGGGAUCAUCGGCUGGGCCGACUGCUUCCAGUGCCCCAAUGUCGAGCCAGUCUUCCAGUGCUACCCCAUCUACAUCAGCAGGAUCAUCAACUGCUUCCAGUGUUUCAUCAAGUCAUUCUCCUCUGACCACAUCAUCAGCGCCAGCAGGUACAUCAAUUGGCCCAACUCAAGUUCCUAUCGAGUCUGA